CGACACGAAUAUGUCUACGAAAUUGAUCAUAGCAGCUGUCCUCUUUUGCGAAAUCUUUUUCAGUUCUGCAAACCCUGUAUCUUUGAAGACGAAUGUGGCUAUACCAGGAGAUGAUAGAGCAAACUGGGAAGCAAUGUGGAAUGCGUUGAAAAAUGAUCCUCAAGUAUUAAGAUCAGGAGCUAAUGGUCUGGGCGUAUUUGACGAAAUUGUCAAAGUAAACGCUAAAGAGAGAGGUAGCGGGGCACGAAAGAACGAUGGGAGCGAGUUUUUGUUCGAAGGUGACAUUGAUGUGAGCAAACGAGAGGCGAUAAAUAUAAUAACGUCUCAUGUCGGGACAUCGCGUCAAAGAAGGGCGAGUGCAAAAAACAGUGAUAGAUUAUGGCCAAAGAAUAUUCCUUAUACCAUCCACGCUAGUUUAAAUAGUAUUAAAUCAGAAAUCAGAAAUGCGAUUACGGAGUGGGAAACAACUUUGCCUUGUAUGGGUAAAUGGCAAGAUGUAACUAACAGGAAAAAGCCAAAAAAUUUUAUUCACUUCUUCCGUGGUGAUGGAUGUUACUCAAAGGUUGGACGAGUAGGUGGGAGGCAGAAAAUUUCAAUUGGUCGUGGUUGUCAGCGUCAUGGUAUAAUACUUCACGAAAUUGGUCAUGCAAUGGGACUUUGGCACGAGCAAUCCCGCCCGGACAGGGACAAUUACGUAGACAUUCUUUGGGAUAACAUCAUAUCAGAGUUUAAAUUUAACUUUCGAAAGCACGACGAUGGCCGAAUCGAUAGUCGUGGCGUCCAAUAUGACUAUGAAAGCAUUAUGCAUUAUGGAGCAUAUUCUUUUUCAAAAGACCGCCGCAGACUGAAAACUAUCGAGACUAAACCUGAUGGGGGGAAAUCGAUAGGGCAGCGACAGAGGCUUAGUGACUUAGAUAAAAAACAAGUUCAACUCCUUUAUGGUUGUGUAAACGAAGCAGGUUGCGAAAGAGAUGUGCAGUCUGCUAGGAAUUGCCAAUCAUGGAAGGGAUUGGGCUAUUGUGAGAAGACAUACGUGAGUUAUAUGAAGAAAAAAUGCUGCAAGACAUGCAGUAGCCCUGUCACUGGUUGUAAUAGCGAUGUGCAGUCUACCCGCAACUGCCAAUAUUGGAAGAGAUUGGGCUUCUGUCAGAAGACGCACGUGAAUUAUAUGAAGAAAAAUUGUUGCAAGACAUGUAAUGAUUAA